AAGGAAAGAAGGAAGGAAAGAAGGAAGGAAAGAAGGAAGGAAAAAGGAAGGAAAAAAGAAGGAAAAGGAAGGGAAAAGGAAGGAAAAAAUAAGGAAAAAGGAAGGAAAAAGGAAGGAAAAAGGAAGAAAAAAGGAAGGUAUCUGUCCUGGACACGCCAUGGCCGCCCGCACCGUGCCCCACGCCUACCCCAUGAGCUCUGAGUAUGAAUUUGCCAACCCCAGCAAGAUCUACGACCAGAACUUUGGAGAAGGUGUUUCCCCAUCGGAGAUUUUGGCCCCUGCCCUGUACCACGGCUACUACAUCCGGCCCCGCAUCAACAAGCAGCUGGAGAGGGGCACCUCGGAGGUGUGCCUGAACCAGCACAAGUUCCAGGUGUUCCUGGACGUCUGCCAGUUCCUGCCCGACGAGCUGAGCGUCCGCACCGUGGACAACCUGCUGGAGGUGGCGGGGCAGCACCCGCAGAGGGCCGACCGCCACGGCUUCGUCACCAGGGAGUUCACCAGGACCUACAUCCUGCCCCUGGACGUGGACCCGCUGCUGGUCAGGGCCAGCCUGUCCCACGAUGGCAUCCUGAGCAUCGUGGCUCCCCGCACGGGCAGGGAGGUGAAGGCCAGGGUCAACGAGGUGGAGAUAACCCGGCAGGAGCAGCCCCUGGGGAAGGAGGAACGGGCUGAGGAAGGGAAGGAGAAGGACAAGUCCUAAAGGCUGCAGAUCUGGGAAGGUGGGGGGGAUAGGGAUGGGGAAUCUGCUGUGCCAGAGCCCUGUUUGUCACCAUCGGUGUUUGGCAGCCACACUGAUGGCUGGGAACAAAAGGGACUCGGAACUGGAAAAAGAGUGGGGCUGAGGUGUGAGUGUGAGUGUGAGUGUGAUGUAAGUUGUUUUCUAGGUCAGGUGAGCGUGCAGAGCUCUGCUCUCACCCCAGGGUCACUCCUGCCCUUAGCUGUGAGGCUGUGACUCAAUGGACUGAGCUCCAGCCCAGAAGGGCACUGGGGAGGGAGAAAAGGGGAUCCCAGUGCCUGGAUUCUGAGAUUCCUGCCUGUGCACGGUGGGUGUUGCUCUGUCAAAGUGCCUGCAGCAACCAGGAGGAGAGAGGAAUAAAUCUGCCUCUGCUCUUCUCUUGUUUGCCUUGGAUUGGUGUUGCUGCUGUGCAGCAGGACGGGUGGGCAGUGGCACCCACCUGUGGAAGUGGCACCAGUGGGGACAUGGAGGGGCUGUGGCCACCCCUGUGCCUCACCCGAGCCCAGAGUGAGGUGACCUCCAGGACACAAAGGUGAGGAGGAGUGAUGAGCCCUUGGAAGGUCCCUGAGCACCUCCGGAGCUGCAGCUGGAAUGAGCCCAAUUAAAGGGGCACAAAUUAAUGCCCAGCACAGCCUGUGCCAGCUCAGCCCUUUGGUUAUGGGGCAUCCUUCACACCCAGCCCUUUUUGGGGGG